AUGACUCAGUUCAAAUGGUGGGAUCUGUACCUCCAGCUGACGUUCUGGUCGAUUCUGGGCUUCAUGGCCCGUGAAGGGCUGACAAAGCUGACCUUCUACACCAACUCUUACAUCAACCCGAACUAUCUUCUCGGAGGAAGUUGUAUAUGGUCGAAUUUCACAGCCAGUUUGGUGAUAUCGUUCUUGAACAACUACAAUCUGCCCUGGAAAGUGCUGAUGUUCGAGGAGAAGGUCCCCAACAAGAAAGCGCUUGUGCUGUACUUGGCCCUGACCACUGGGUUUGCUGGAAGUUUCUCCAGUUUCUCAACACUGGUUCUGGAAAUUCUUGCCAAGACUAUUGACGUACUAAACACAACGCAGAAGCUUCCAAACCAUGGAUACGGCGUGAUGGAGUUUUUUUCCGUCAUAUUCACCCAGAUGGGUGUCUCCAUGAUAGGCUACCACCUGGGAACGGACCUCGCCUCGGUGUUGACGAGAUACGCCGGCGACUUGGGCUUUGACCACCCAAAAUGCCGCAGAUGGGUCAGAAAACUUGAACUGGUCACGAUGGUUUUAGGUGUGCUCGCCUGGAUAGCCAACCUUGUCCUUUCAUGCACGCUGCAUAAUCGACAUUUCUGGAAAGCAUCAUGGUCGUUUGGCAUUGUUUUCUCGCCGUUUGCAUGUUUUGCGCGUUACCACUUGUCCAAGCUGAAUGCACGUUCCUGGUUCCCAAUAGGGACGUUUUUAACCAAUGUGAGCGCCAGCAUCGUGCUUGCUGUUUUGAACGUGCUUAUUCACGGAGCCACCAAGUCGGGCCACCGUAUCAUCACCAAUCAGUUGCAGCUGGACGUGCUUGUAGCCCUGGGAAGCGGUUUCUGUGGGACUUACAGCACGCUCAGCACGUUUGUCAACGAGAUCGUGGGACUAAAAGACGAAGUGCAGCGCGCCAUCUACUAUUUUGCCAGUUUGGUGGUUUCUUUUCUCACCAUGCUGCUCAUCCUGGGCUGCUACAGUUGGACAAACGGCCUAAAGGUUUCUAGCUAA